AUGAGAACUCUAGUAUUCGCCGCUUUAAUUACCUUGGUAUGUGCCUCCUACGAAGAGGAUCAUGGCAGUUCCACCUAUCAUGAGACAUCGAAACCCGUGGAAAUUCCUAUUUACAAAAAAUACGCUAUACCAAUUCCACAUCCAGUUCCAGUUCCAAUUCCGCAACAAAUUAAAGUCCCUAUUCCGCAACCUUAUCAAGUCGAAGUUCCAGUGCCGCAUCCAGUGCCCGUAGAAGUAGUCAAGCACGUUGAAAUUCCGGUAGAAAAACCUGAGCCCUAUGUGGUGGAGAAAAAGGUACCAUAUGUUGUUGAGAGGCCAUAUCCAGUGACAGUUGAAAAGCACUUCCCGGUGCCUGUUCCGAAACCAUACCCGGUCCACGUACCUGUCUACAAACACGUAUUCCAUCAUCAAAGCAAGGGACACGGUUGGAAGCACUGAUCUUGAGAGUUGUUUUUCCAAAUUUCAGACAAUUAGGCAAAAAAA